CAACUGCCGUUUCUCGGCAGUACUUUCAUCACGAUCGGACAGCAUGAGGAAAGUGCAGCCGAGAACCGGCACUUGCAUUUCCCUCUGAUCAGCGUGUCAUUGGACACCGCUGAUCACGUGGGGACAUGUACACUGAGCAUCAGGUGUCGACUAUCAGUGCGCAUCAGUGCCACCUGUCAGUGCCCGUCAGUGCUGCCUAUCCGUGCCGUCUAUCAGUGCCAGUCAGUACUGCCUAUCAGUGCCACCUAUCAGUGCCGCCUAUCAGUGCCAUAUGUGAGUGCUGCCUUUCAGUGCCCAUCAGUGAUGCCUGUCAAUGCCCAUCAGUGCCACCUACCAGUACCUCCUCAUCAGUGCCACCUAUCAGUGGCCAUCACUGCAGCCUAAUUAG